AUGGAUACCCCAUAUCUAAAAUCUUAUUAUCGACGAGGUUCUACAUUUCUAAGUUCUAAACAAAUAGAAACAAUUAGAACGCUCAAGGGAAAGGUUCCCAAAUAUAGAAUAAUAAGAGAUUUCCAUAUUAAUGAAAAUCGAGUUAAUGAUAUAUGGGAAAGUCAUGAACGUCAGCAACAAAUAAUACAAAAUACUAUUUCCUCUGAAAUAUUACCUAUAUCAACAAUCUUACCUGAACAUUCUAAUCGAAUUGAAAGCGAGGUUUUAUUACAAGGCAAGGCUUUAGGCGGUGAAUCGGAGUUGAGACAAAGACUUGAAGCUCAGCUUCCUCGAGACCCCGCCUCUUCUUUGAAUCAUGUUUCUUCGAAUCUACAUCUGGAAUCUAUUACCCCCCUCAAUACAGAAAUAAAAAAGAGAAGCUCCAAAUCUCGGUCUAAAUUUAUGCGUAUAUCUGAUCCAAUAUCUAGUGAUAACGUCGAUUCUACAGAAAAAAUAAGUGGGGGUGGUAUAAAUAAUAUUUCCAAUACAGAUAUAGUUGCCCAAAUUGAGCGAGAAAUAAAAAGAAAAGAUAAAAACUUAGCUAGUAGUGCUCGUAUAAU